GCAACUUGAGCAGAGCUACUGAUCCUUCCUACAAAACCAUCCUACUCUGUCAAUUCUGGACCCUAAUCUGUAAUCAUCAAGAAGACCUUGCCCCAACCAGACAACAGGCAGUGGGGCUACCUCUGUUCAAACCCGAUCCUGCCGUGAUGUGUUGCUAGCAUCAUCAAGCCCUGCGUCUACCAUCACGAUGUCUUUCACCAAUGCGCCAGUGACGAGGACUCUCGUUGUCGGCCUUGUCUCCUCCUCGAUUGCAGCAACGCUUUUUGACCUGAAGCACUACUUCUGGAUCUCAGUCAACACACACAUCUGGACCUACCAUCAGCCAUGGCGAGCCCUUAUUUUCCAGCUUUGCUAUACCAACUCGUCAGAGGUGCUCUUCGCUGCCAUGACUUUUUACAACAUGCGCGUUGUUGAGCGGUUGUGGGGCUCAAGAAAAUACGCUUCCUUCCUCAUCGUAUCCCACAUGUUGACAAGCAUCAUCACACCCUCCCUUCUCACGUUCCUCCUUCGACCGCUUACAGGCGGCCUGUUCGACUACCUCCCCGCAGGCCCUACACCUCUUGUCUUCGCCGUACUAGCCCAGUUCCACGCCGCGGUUCCGCAUAUCUAUAGAUGGCGCAUGGCCUUCACGACCGCGUCACCGUCAACAAGCGACG